AUGGUGGACAAUUCCAGCAAUAGCAAGGCGCAAAUGCCCAGCAUGUCUCAGGAGCCCAGUGUGGCCUUCCCCCAGAGCACCCCUACCGGGGGGAUGAAGCUGGAGGCAGUGAUGGAGCAGCUCCAGCGCCAGCAGCAGGCCCGUCUGGAGAUGGAGAGGAAAGAACGUAAGCUACGAGAGGCCCACAUCAUGUACGCUCAGCAGGUCGCUGCCCAGCAGGCCAUCCUGGCGGCGGCCCGGGCCUCCGGGGCAAGCUUCAUGGGCAAAGGUAUGGCCGGAGGCGUUCCUGCUGGCGGCUUGCCUCCUCGAGUGUCCAAUCAGAGCAGUGUAGACUCAGAAAGAGAGGAGGACGAGGACAGAGGCCGGGAUUCUGCCGACGAGGAUGACGACAACGAGGUGAUGGAGGGGGACGAGGGCAGUGACGAGGACGAGGGAAAUGCCAGUGGUCUGGAGUUUCUCCGCAAGCAGACCCUGGCUCUGCAACAGAACACCUCCCGCAUCCCAGCCCGUCCAUUGGCAGGCUACUCCAUGUUGGCCCCCCAGAGGGCUGCUUCUCCACCUGUUAGAGUGAAGCAGGAACCUGAUGAGGGCAUGUCUCCUGCGGGACCAAACUCAUCUACCUCUCCUAAUGGACAGGCCGACUGGGGAUUUGAUGACCACUUCAGACAGAAUGGCAGUGCUGGAUGGACAGAUGAAGCUGACAAUAACAGAGGAAGAGGAGAAGCCUCCAGAGACUUUGCUAAGCUGUAUGAGCUGGACAACGAUCCGAAAAGGAAAGAAUUUUUGGAUGAUCUGUUUACCUUCAUGCAGAAACGAGGAACCCCGGUUAAUCGUAUUCCCAUCAUGGCCAAGCAGGUCCUGGAUCUGUACAUGCUUUACAAACUGGUGACGGAGAAGGGAGGCCUCGUGGAGGUGAUCAACAAGAAGAUCUGGAGAGAAAUCACAAAGGGACUCAACCUGCCUACCUCCAUCACCAGCGCUGCUUUCACCCUGCGCACACAGUACAUGAAAUACCUGUACCCGUACGAGUGCGAGAGGAAAGGUCUCAGCUCCCCAGGUGAGCUGCAGGCCGCCAUCGACAGUAACCGCCGCGAGGGUCGUCGUCCUAGCUACAGCAGCAGUCUCUUCCGCUUCUCUCCUUCUCCAAGCACGGCUCCCCACAUCCUCUCUCCUCCCAAGAUGCAUCUGGCAGGCCUGGGCGCAGGGACUUCAGUGGCCCUCAAUGGAUUGCAAGCUUCUCCAGGAUCCUCUCUGAAGAAAGAAGACCUAACUCCAGCAAUCAUGGCAGUGAGACCUCCUAUUGCGCUGUCUCUGGGUCAGCAGCAGGUGGCUGGUCUGGCCAGAGCCGCCACACUGGAGCAGCUCAGAGAGAAGCUGGAGACCAGUGGUGGAGGAGAGGGACCCGAGAGAAAGAUGGCCCGCCUGGCGGAGGAGCAGCAGCGCCUCAUGCAGCAGGCUUUCCAACAUAACUUGCUGGCCAUGGCAUCCCAGAUGCCCAUGAACCUGCGUUUGGGAGCGCCCAAUGAGAAGCAGCAGGACAUGUCUCUGAGCAUCUCCACCAAUGGGAAUGCCAGUAUAACUGUAUCUGUGGAGGUCAAUGGCACCAUCUACUCAGGAACCCUUUUUGCCCAGAAAUCCAGCGGGGCACCAGGGCCUGUUGUUGCUGCUAGUGCUGCCUCAUCAUCACCUGCUGGAACCAGUACAAGCUUUGGCUUCUCUGCUCCCCAAGCUCAGACCCUCAGCCCCACGCCCUCUUCAACCUGCUCCUCCAAGGGGUCUGGCUCUGCUGAGCUCGUCCCCGGGGGGUCCCCCUAACUGGAGUUUUCCUUUGUAGCUGCUCCCUUGGCCGCUAUUCCACAGCAAGGCCCCAGCAUGAAUAUACAGUACAAUGAGAAACCGAUAAGAAUAAGAAACUGUUGCACAACAAAUACCUCAACGACCCUGUCAACCUUUUGGCUGUCCAAUCAUGAACAGAGAGCCUCAGAAUAUUACACAUACUCACAUAAACCAAUUACUCCUGCAUAAAUUGAACCAUACAAAAUCACACAUUGUCAUAUACAAUCUACAUACUCAUACACUUGUUAAUCCUAGUGUACAUGCUAAACACAAUCAGCUCAGCCAAAACCCAUUGACAGGUGUAUUCACAACUGAACUUGAAAAGUUUUAUUCUUAGGACAUUGUGUUUGUUUGUUGCCAUUUUGUUGUCCUUUUGAUUUUGUGUUUUAGAAUGAUUUUGUUUUUAGUUUUUCUCUUUUUACAUACCUCAAAUCAAGUAACCUGCAGUGGUGUCUUUACCUCAGGAGCUGUAGAAUAUUUAACCUGAAUCGACUUUAUUUUUAUAUUCUUUUCGACCCAGUUGCA